UUCCGUUAGACGAUGAUCAUAUAUAUUGUUAUUUGUUUUUAAUCCUAACAUUGUUUGGAACAUAACUGAUAAUAUUAUGAAGAUGGAAGCGGGACAGUGUUUUCUUUUGGUUAUUUUGGUCAGUAUUUCACUUCUCUCGCUUUCGCAAGCGUCGUUUUCCGAUGUCAUUCAACAUUACAAAAAAACUACAUUGUGUCCCACAAAGAAGUUAAUACAGAACGGUGAUAUCCAGUGCCAUAUGAAUGGCGUACCCGUCAUAGUUGAAGAUUUUCUACAGACUGGCACUAUAUGUGAUAUAGCAUACAGUCAUAGAAGUCAGCGACUUUUGUGUGAAAACAGCAUUUGGCAUAAUUUUGGAGAUACAUCUGUGCACAGACGUAAACGGUUCGUGGGAUGGGUAUUUGCGGCGAUCGUUGUGUGCAUAUUGUUUUGUCCACCACGAGGAUCUGAUCCAGUAAUUAACCAACGUCCAGUCAUUACCUGUCCUACAAUACAAACGAAAUAUUAUGCACCGUCUAGAAGAAAGUCUGUGGUUGUAACCUGGCCGGAACCGACUGCUACUGAUCUUGAACAAGGUGCCCUGACGCCACAGAGAGAAUUUGGGUUGCCGAGUGGUUCAAGUUUUGUACAGGGUGAAAAAUCAAUCGUGUAUAGUGCAACGGACGACCACGGAAACAAAGACACCUGUUUCAUCCUGUUUGAAGUUAACGUGAUACGGUGCACCCUACCUGGCUAUCUCGUGAAUGGACGAAUGUCGUGUACACCUUACCACUAUGAUCCUAUUCUGGGUACCACGUGUUCGUUUUCUUGCAAUGAAGGUUAUGAACGGAGUGGAUCUGCAACAAGGACUUGUCAGAAUAAUGAAAAUUUCGAUGGCACGGUGGCCGAAUGCUCGAAAAUAAAAUGCCCAGACUUGGAAAACCCUCAACACGGUGAAAAAUACUGCUCUGGUGAUACAUAUUACAACUCGGUGUGUGGCACAAGUUGCUCAGGGGACGGAUAUGAAUCAGAGGGCGGUUUUAUAAACUGUCAGAGUGACGAGACAUGGACAUCUUCUCUUCCAUCCUGCAAAGAUAAACGUGCACCGUAUUUCACCUUCUGUCCGGUCAGCCCUGUAAGAGUAUAUGCAGACAAAGGGAAAACAUCGGCUAAAGUCUAUUGGAACCAGCCAACUGCAUACGAUAAUUCUGGCGAUAUAAAUAUUACACAGACAAUAGGACUGACCCCUGGGAGUGACUUUGGUGUUGGAGAACAUUCCAUUUCCUAUGUAGCUCGUGAUCCUAGUGAAAACGAAUCACCAGUAUCUUGUAGUUUCAAAGUCGUUGUGGAAUACCUAGAGUGCGAUUCUCCUGAUGGAAAGUUCGAUGAUCCCCUAAUAUCGACAGGCUGUCCGGGUACGGAGUACACAUAUGGAACAAUUUGCGAUGUGUUCUGCAUCAGAAAUUACGACAUCAUCGGCAAUACUACCAUAACCUGUGAAAGAGAAGGACCCGACUCAACUGAAAUGGUGUGGGACUGGGGUGGAGGUGAUCAACCAACAUGUGACAAUAAAUGUCCAACUAUCCAGCCACCUGCUAAUGGCGCAUUUGUCUGUCAGACCGCAGGCAACGAGUAUUGUAGGCUGUCAUGUAACGCUGAGUUUGGAUAUCCUUCAGGGACAAGUAAAACUACACAAUUUGUGUGUACUGAUCAACAGUUAUGGGACCCACCUGAAGCGGAUGCAUGUACAGAACGAAGACCCCCAGAUGUCAAUACUAUUGGUGCAGAAUUGCACUAUUUUGUUGGAGACUGCAAUGAUGCAGCUGUACAGUCUGACCUAAAGGAUAAAUUCCUGGCUUACAUGAUCGAUUUGGUCAAUGGUGGAUGGAGUAAUAGAUGUCCGAAUGACACAGGCUGCACAAGGAAUACUAUAAAGGUAGUCUGUGGACCGGUGACGUCUAGACGAAGGCGGGAGACAAUAGGGUUGACCACCAGUAGAGGGCGACCUACAGAGCCCAAUGUGUGGAGCGCACCUUUCCGAGAAAAGCGAGCUUCUGACAAUAGUCACGUAAUAACAAUUGAAUUCAAGGUAGAAAUCACAUGGGAAGGCGGUACGUCGGCUUCUGACCUGGAAGCAAAUGAUCAGGAUCUUUACGAUAUGAUUAAUGCAAUCAAGACUGAGAUAACUAACGGCGGGGGUUCUCUGUCGUUAGGUGAUGUAAUUCCUGCUAUGAUUGUUGCGGAUACUUAUCCAUAUAUGGAAUGCCCCUUUGGACAGACGGCAAUAUACGAUGGUGACAUUCCUAAUUGCGAGGGUUGUGCUACCGGCAAGUACUAUGAAGCAGCGAAUUCGACUUGUACCAAAUGUCCUGUUGGAACCUACCAGAAUGAGAGUCACCAAACUUCGUGUAAGAGGUGUCCUUCAGAUAUGUCAACAAAAGAACCAGGCCGGAAAAACAUUUCAGAAUGUUUUCCGGUGUGUGCAGCUGGCAGUUACUCAAAAACCGGAGUAAUUCCAUGUACGACAUGCUCUGUCGGCGAAUACCAGUCAAAUGGGAACAGCAAGAGCUGCAGCAGAUGUGAAGUGGGGAAAACCACAAUUGAACGAGGACAAAUUUCGUCAAUAGCAUGCUUAUCCUUUGAUGCAGUGCUUAGUUCUGCCGGAAACAGCAUGACAUUUCCGCAUCUAACGACGACACUUGAAGAAUUUACUCUGAUGUUUUGGCUGCAUUGCCCUUCCGGAAACGUUAUCCUACCUUCAUUUGGAUUUGCUAACGGUAGCAUUUAUACAGAGAUGCUUAUCCUUGACGUACAAACAUUGAAGUUAUUUGGAGCCACGAUCCAGAUAGUAACAGAAGGUUGGGUCCAUUAUGCAAUAAAAUGGACAAAUACUACAAAUCAGGCCAUACUAUUGAUCAACGGUAUCACCAGCAGCGUGGUACCAGUCACCACCAGAAACAUUGCUGUUACUGGCUCCUAUCUUACAAUGACACAAGGCAAUGGAACUGAAGGCGGCUGUCGGGUGUCUGGCUUGCAGAUGACAAAUACUAGCAGAACCGAUGCUGAUAUACAGGCAGAUGCCAGUACAUGUAGUCCGAACACAGACCACUCUUUCUACAACAUAAAUAACUUCAUAAAUCAAGCAGGGAUCGACAUUGAAACACCCUCCAAGUGUGACGAGGUUGACGAGUGUGCUGCAAGUCCAUGCGGAGACCACUUUUGUGAGAAUCUGCUCAAUGCAUACAAAUGUUCUUGCAAGAGUGGGUACACGGGACACAAUUGUGAAAAUGCUCCUAACUUUUGUGUCAGCAACCAGUGCGAGCAUGGAGCGACAUGUGUUAAUGAGGCCUGGAACUAUACUUGCGUGUGUCCAGCUGACUUCAAGGGGGCACUGUGCGAAGACGAAAUAGUGAACGGGAAUUGGGCAGAAUGGGGAGAAUAUGACCAAUGCAGCAAAAGUUGCAAUGGGGGUCUUCAAACAAGGAUUAGAACAUGUUCCAACCCUUCGCCGGGACUGGAUGGUGCAAAUUGUUCUGGAAGUGACCAAGAUCAAGCUUCCUGCAAUACAGAUCCCUGUCCUGAAUGUGAUCCAGUUGGAAUUCUUCUAUUGCAAAGCCGGAAAACUGAGAAAGACUUUUGUAUUACUGAUGGUGAUUACACACGAUGUCACAUAAAAUGUCAAACAGGAAUGGAAUUCGUCAAUCAGCCCCUCGAUUAUUAUGAAUGUGGCGCCAACACCUCUUACAACUGGAACGGGCUUCCUCCUAGCUGUGCAGAAUUAAUUCCCGGACGACGUUUGACAUUUAGAACAUCUGUGACGUACAACAACGCCCUUCCCUGUGGAAGUGAGACCAACCAAGCCUUAGAGACAGUUGCAGGAGAAGCUCAGUGUAUACGUAACAAUGAGUGUACUUCCUCGGUGUCCACCACAGGAUGCUCGUCAAGACGGAGGCGAGAUACAACAACAACCGCAGAGAUCUCCUUUUUCAUUAACUUAGACGAUCUUGAAGAUUUCAAUCUGACUGCAUUGCUAGAACAUAAUAUCGUGAGUGCAGACCUCCAGACCUAUAUAAAUGCAUUGACAGAGUUAGAAGAGACUGCUCAGGAAAUCAACAACACCGCCGCUGAUUAUUUUGCCGUGAAGGUCAACAACGUGACUUAUAACAUUGAUCCCAGCACGUUUACUAUGAAUGCAGUAAUCACGUGUCCGAACGGUUCCAUCGCAAACGACGGGGCCUGUGUUAAAUGCCCUUCAGGUACAAGUGAAAGGAAUGGUUGGUGCGUUUUUUGUGAUAAAGGAACCCACCAGAACGAGGAAGGACAGACAGAGUGCUUAGCAUGUCCAACUGGCUAUACAACACAGUUCGUCGGGACGACCGACGUCGCUAACUGCUCUGUUGAAGCAACGUCAACGACCAGUACGACAACAGAUAAAACACUGUCAAGUUCAAUUGCUAUAAAUGAGACAACAACCACAACAAACUCUGCAACAACUACUACUAUACCCAAAACAACUACCACGAUUCCCAUAACAACAACUAUUCCCACAACAGCUACGACUAUUCCCACAACAACUACGACUAUUCCCACAACAAGUACCAUUAUUCAAGCAAUAACUACCACUAUCCCCACAACUUCUACUCGACCAACAACAGCGACAGCUCCAUCAACUACGACAACUACAGCACCUUCCGUCUCCUUGACCACAUCAUCAGCUGCCUCUGCUACGACAAUGUCUGCUAGCCAAGGGACAUCUAGUAAAAACGAUAGAUCACCCGGAAAUGAUAAAGGAUUACCGCUGACAGUGCUGGUCGCGACAUUGGUGGUGUUCCUCGCUUUCAGUGUAUUGGCCAUUUCAGUAGUUGUUUAUAUCAAGUAUCGGAAAAAUGCAAGAAUACGGUUUAGAGAACAGUAUACACUUCAUGGAAGCUCUGCCUCUGUCAACAUGGUAACCCCAGGAUUUGCUCAGAAGUUUGAACCCCUACCAGUCUCUGUCGGUUACGCCGUGGGACCCAGUGUGCUUCCAUCCUCAACAUCAUGGAAAUGAAACAAUAGAUGUGACACAUAAUAUCGAGGCUUUUGACACGUAGACAUUCUUGUUGGUUAAUAUGAUACAUAUUGCAUAUUAUAAAAAAAACACCGUCCAGUUAACAAAUGUUUAAACCCCUUUCAUACAUAAUACAAAUUAUUUAUGAUAAUGAUAAAAACUGAUCGACUAGAUUUAGAUCUUCAGCCUAAACCAGACAAUACAGUUCAUUUGAAAGUCAAGAAUAUACGAUUUUAUAUUGAGUUUUGAUAUUGACUUUAUGCUGACGUGUGCAUAAUCAUAUUUAUGAAUUAUAUGAAUAGAUGAUUUGAUAGUGGGUAUCGGUAUUGCUAUCGAUGAUAUGGGUAUCAUACCCAACUACCGUACAUGAAAUUAUUCGAGACAGUUAUUCAACAAGCACUGAAAGCCAAUUGUACUUUUAAUGCAAGUAUAAAAAUGACAACAAACAAUCCAAAAAGUAAAAACCAAAAGUCGAACUGAAAAUUAAAUGUGGUUAAAGUGACAAAUAUUUAAAACAGACCAACAGCUUACAAAAAUAGCGUAAAACUGUAGACAUGUACUAUUUCGAAAAUAGAUUCAAGCCAUAUAGCAUUAUUAUAGAAUUUUUCUUGUUAGCUGAAGGUAAACGCAAUCUUUCAACAAGCGUUUUACUGUAACUGGUUCUUUAAAUGAUAUGCAUUAUGGUUUGUCCUCGCGUGUCAUAAAAUAAUGAGUUAUCUAUGAAUGACUAAUCCGGAGUGUGACAAGGACAAGUCCAUAAGAAAAUAUUGACGAUCAGAAUUAUAUAUGUAGUAAAUAAUAUAGUUUCAUUUAUUAAAUAAAUAUUAUUUGAACAAUCUUGAUAAAUACUAAAACAUCUGGUAUUUAGGGCUUAGACUUGUAAAUAUAAAGAUGUAAAUGUUUGUAGAAUUAAUAUAUAAUAUAACAAAUGUAGAAUGGCAGGUGGUUCUUGAGUGUAAUUAUUCUUGUGUCAAUUUUUGAAAGGGACCUGUAGUUUUAAUUUCAUUUUGCCCUCGGCUUUCCUCUCUAUACGGAGGCCUGCAACUCCAUCGACCUCAUAUAACGGUAGAUUUAAAUAUUACUAAACAAGAGAUCCCAGAGCAGUCUUGGCGCCCACCAUUGUACAAUCUUCAUUAAUUUGAUGCCAUUUCGAUCUUUUCUCUUAUUUGUUUGAUUGAGUCAUGUAAACAGUUAUGUUUUGCUUUGUUUUAGGGCGAAACAACACGUUACAAUAGGCAAUCACAAAAAUAAACACAUCAAACUAGAAAUUAAAAGAUUUAAAAGUUGUGGAAUGUAUCAACAGGUAUCAAAUUGGUUGUAAAUAUUAUCAAAUCUUAUUAUAAAGAUCAAUUGUAAAUAAUAACAUAUUGAUUCAACAGAAACUGUAUCAAAUAAACAUUUCAUACACGAUACAUUAUAGAAUCUGUCGCGUUUUUGUGUGAAAUCAGCGCAUUCAAUCAUAAAAUGUUUGACUGUAAAUGAAUGAUCACAAUCUUGACAAUAAAGUUGCUCUUCUUUAUGUAAAAUGUAAAUAAGUGUGAUGUAGGUAUGUUCUAUGCGCAGUCGCGAGAGGACAGCCUCCACUCUACGACCCGCUCCACCUGUCGCACAUGAAGCUACGUUAGGUUGAACUGCGAACAGUUGUUGUUUACCAAUUCAGACUUUUAAUUAUGCCAAUUCGUUCUAAUAAAAUUCGCGAUUACAGGUUUAAAAUCACUAUAAAGUAUUUUACUAUCUAUUGGAUGUAGGUUUAGGGCUGCUUUGGCAACCCUUUCUACUUUCUCAUUUCCACUUAUUCCGACAUGACCGGGUAUCCAUAUGAUUAUCAGGUGGUAGAACAUUAAAAUCCUGUUAAUAUGGAGAGCGAUGUUUUAAAUGAGAAUGUUGUUAAAGUUCCAAUUUUUAAUACAUGGUAGCAGUGAUAACAAGUCCGAGCAGAUUAAUGCUUUUUUAAUUACAUUUGUUUUCCCAAUUUCGUCCAAAGUAAAUGCACCUUGAGGUAAACAUUUUGGACUUAAGGACCAGGGAAAUUUGAGAAAGGUCCUUCCAGUAUUUCAUGAGAAAAAGCGAAAACAAACAUUCACCGUCAAAUAUCCGAGAUAGCCCCUUAUCGGCCAUUUUGUUUAUCCAAACUAUAUCAAAAUGUUGAAUAAGAGACUAAGGGGAACUUACAUAUGAAAUUUGAGAAAAUAACCCCGGUUCUUCCCGAAAAAUUGCGAUAACAAACAUUCACUGUCUAAAUCUAAGAUGGCCGCCUGUCGGCGCUUUUUGUUUAUCAGAGCAGUCUCCAAAUUUAACCUGCAAACUAGAGACCAAUUUGAUGUACCUCCUGAGAAAUAACAUUAACAAACAACACCGUCAAAAUCCAAGAUGGUCGCUUGUCGGCCAUUUUGGUGAUACGAGCAAUCUCAAAAUUUAAUUUGCACAAUUAGAGACCUUUUUCCAUGUUUUUCCCGCGAAAUAGCGAUAACAAACAUUCACUGUCAAUAUCCAAGAUGGCCGCCUGUCGACCAUUUUUGUUGUAACGAGUCAUUUCAAACUUAAAUUUGCACAACUAUAUACCAAGAAAAACCUACAUAUCAAAGUUAGGAAAGAUCCCUCGAAUACUUUCUGAGUAAUAACGAUAACAAGAAUUGUUUAAGGACGGACGACAGGCGAUUUGACAGGCUUAUUUACUUUGCCAAUCACUGGUUUUAUGUCUUUAAUAAAUAUAUAUUAUUGUUUGAUUCAUCAGCAACUGUUAACGCAGAUUUUUUUUUGUGUGAACAAAGACAGGUUGAUUUAAUUAUUACCUAACUUCUACAAACUAUAAUACAUGUAUCAGCAACAUACAGUCUAACAUAACUAGACUACAUUAUCAUUAUAGAUGUAGGGAUAUCCAAUACAUCAUAAACCAGAAUAUAAUUAUAAUUAACUCUGUGUAAUAAAACUAUUAAUAAGACUGUGAAAGGUUUGACACUCUGAUUUAAAAACCAGAAAAUAGCACAGCUUAUAUAAUCGUGUUUAUGUGAUCUACUUGAAAAUAAAACCCAAAAAUGACACCUAGACAUUUAUUGUUGUAAUAGAGCAUUUAUUCAAAUGCCAGAGGCCAUUUGUUAGAUUGGAAUUAAAAUAUAAUAUUAAAUCCAAACAAGGUGGAACUAGAUAUAAAAUUAUUGCCAAUGCCUAAGUCUAAUAGCACUUAGCAAAAGGCUUUUAAUUCAAAAGGGAGGAAGUCCUGUUUUGUUUUGGUAAUGUUUAACGGCCCAUCGACAAUGUAAGUCAUUUAGGGCCAACAAUACUGUAAA